GCUGCCCGGCGGGGCAUGCUGCGGCGGCCGGGGACGGCCCGCGCCGGGCCCGGGGAGCGCGGCGCCGGCCGCCGCCUCGACGAGCGGUGCGGGGCCGCGCCCCCCCGGGCUGCCCCCCGCCGCCGGCCGCCGCGCGCCUCCUCCGCUUCGUCGCGCUGCGGAGUGCCCCGCUCCCUCCGCGGCCGCGGGACGCUCGGCAUGCGGGGGCGGCACUUCGCGCGGGGGGCGAGGGGGGGGGGCUCCGCCCGAGCCGCCCGCCCCGGCCCCGGGCAGCCGCGGAGCACCGGGCCGUCAGAUCCUGCCCAUCUGCCGCGGUCGCGAUCGGCCGCGACUGAAUGGCUCCGGCAACCGUGCGGCGGCAGCAGGGGCUCGCCGCGGCGGGGAGGGGGUUGGAGGGGGGGUCGGGCGGGGGCGGCCAUUGUCUGCGGCGGCGGGGCCGGGGCCGGCGGCUCGUCCCGGGCCGGGGCUGCCCCUGGCGAGGCUCUCCCGCCGCCGAAAUCCCCCGGGGGCAGCGCCGCGCAGUACGGCCCGCGGCGCUCCCCGAGCGGAGGUGCCGCCUCGGGGCCGUCGGAAGCGUGGGAAGGAGACGCGGCCUGCUGAGGGGGCAGCGCACCGUUGGGUCUGGCCGGCUGGCGUGCCUCGUAAAUCCUGCCGUGCUGGGAAGAUUGCUUCUGGAGAGCCCGCCUCGUCAGCCCGAGGUCAAAGAGUUGUGUGGCCAUCGUGGCCCAGCAGGCAGCACAUCGAUCGCAUCAGUGUUAUUUCAGGAGUUGGCCUCAGUGAUCCUUGGGGAUCCAUUCCAACCUGGGAUAUUCUGUGAUGCUAUUUUUGGAUGCGAUGGGGAAUUUGUAGACACGGUGUACUUAAGAGAAUCCAGGUGCAGAGAUAGCGAGAGCUUGGGCAGGAUCUUCUGGUUUAACUGAAGGUCAGGGUCUUAGAAACAAGAAGGGAAAAGCCUGAUAGGAUGGAAAUGAGGUAGCUGGGAGUAAUGAGCGUGUCGGACACACAGGAUGCUGAGUUCGUGCUCCCUGUGACACUGACUGGAGGCCAGAGCUGUACCUGCUAAUGAGAGGUGAGACGAGAACUGGAGGAAUGGGGCAGGUGUCCUCCUCCCUCUUGCUUGUAGAGGUGUCUGAGCAAAGGAGCAGCGCAAUCUCCUGGGUAAACGCAUCGUGGAAAUGAAAUACACCCUCAGAGAUGCUGCUUAGGUUUCACUCAGCAGACUGGCGUUGUGUAUUCUGCAGAGGAAGGCUCUUCCCGUGGUGGUGCAAUUUGCAGCCAGACCAUUGGGUCUUAGAUAAGCCAACAGCCUGGUUUGUUCGUGCAGUUCCUUCCAGACUGGGACUGCUUUUUCCAGCGUAGAAAGAGAACCUCAAAUAGUAUUUGAAUUUGUCAAUGCAAAAAUGGCCUUCCCGGGACAGCAACUCUCACUGCCACCAUGGCUGCCCUGGUGUGACACAGCAGCUCCAUUUGCUGAGGUCACUGCAAUUCAUGUCAUGUAAUAGAGCAAUAUACGAAGCCUGCAGCGUGCUGAUUUAGCAGUGACUCCAGUUCUGAAAUACUGCAACACUCUCUGAAAGGAAGCUGGCAAGAAAUGUGGGAAGUGAACCAGGCAGAAUGGUAGACAAAAGGUCCCUAAAUCCCCUUGAUUUGGGUUCUCCAAAUGGAUUCCGACUCUCCAUUAGGAUGAGGUUGUCACAGCUUAAGCCAGGAUCCUGUAGCGGUCGCACAGCACUGAAGUGAUGCCUGUUGAUGUGUUUAAUUGCUUUGUUGUGCAGGGAAACACCUUCAACAACUCUCCCAAGAGUUGAUUUUAAUUACUGAGUUUAAAAUAUGCUGAUGUUCUGUUUAAGUAGGAAUAACAACAUUCCAAUAAAAUGCAGUCACAUUGUACUACC